UUUUUUUGUUUCAGAUUUAACUUUGGAGUAUGCAGUGAUAUUUUAGUGUUAGGCAGUUUUUCAGUGCAGUUAGAUAAUCUAGCGUGUCUAGUGUUGUGUGUAACUUACAUUUUGGUUACGUGAUUAACGAUUACAGUUAGAUGUGCUUGUGAUGUGUUUAACUGACGCAGAACAAAUGAAGCGACGCAGGCAACGAUAUAUUUUUAAUACGACUGGUCAAUGAAUGUUAAUAAAAUGAUUUUCGUUCUUGGAAUAAUAGCAGGAUGCAUUGCACUGGUGACGCCACAAAUGCCACCUGGCUUCAGCUUGCCCGCCAUAACUCAUGUGGACCGCAACUGGUUCGCAAUGUCCACCGAUCCCAUCGGUACCGUGGUUACGAAAGUUCAUAGAGAACGAACUAAUUCACGGGUUGUCACUUAUGGGCUAGAAACCAGUGGACCACCAGCACCUUUCAAAAUUGAUUCCCAUACUGGUGUAGUUACAGUCAAUGAUACUUUAAAAGAUAAGGAAAAUCGAUCAUAUUCUCUAUGGGUGACCGCUUUCGAUGGUUCAUCGAUUCCACAGCGCACAGAAGUUAUAGCUACUAUAACAGACAGUAAUGGCUCAAGGCCAAAUGUACCUCUUCCUCCGCCAUUCACUCUACCAAGCUACCCAAGUGUACCGGUACCACCAAAGUUUACUAGAACUACAUACAGCACUACCAAAGCUACAGAAUCAAUUAUUACAGAAGUAACAGUACCUGAUACAACAACAACUACAACAUUAAGUCCGACUGAAAAAGCUGAAAGUGUACCAAAUAAAAUUAAGCCGGUUGAACAGGUUGAAAUGAAAAGUAAUACUACAGUUAACGAAACACAGAUGGGACAUGAUGUUUCAAUAACUGUGAUACCUCUUGUAGCUAUAAGUGGAUUGGUGAUAAUCGUGGCUGGUGUUAUUAUUUUUGUUUGGCGGAAAAACGGUGUGAAAAAAUCGAAAAUUGAAAAAGACGAUAUGAGCAAAGACUCAAGUGGUAUCGUGCUCCAAGAUUCUCAUGCACUCAACAUGUGGGACCGCCCUCGCGCGUAUUCAAAUCGUUAUGAGUCAUGGGAUAGUAACCAUUUACAGAAUUCGGAAGAGACAACGAUAAGUAAAGAAGAGCCUAGAGAUGAAUGGGAAUUUCCAAGACAUCGAAUCAGGAUAUUCAAUAUUGUCGGUGAAGGUGCCUUUGGACAAGUUUGGCUCGCACAAGCUAUCGAUAUUGAUGGUAAAAAAGGCGAACAGACCGUAGCCGUAAAAACACUGAAAGAGAACGCUUCGGAAAAGGAAAAAGCAGAUUUAUUGCAAGAAUUAACUGUAAUGAAGAAUUUAGGACCCCACCCUAAUGUUGUAAGACUUAUAGGAUGUUGUACGGAAAAGGAACCAACGUUCGUGAUAAUGGAGUUUGUGAGUCUUGGGAAGCUGCAACAGUUUCUACGCGAUUCAAGAGCUGAACGUCAUUAUGGGAAUACCCAUGGAGGAAGCCAAUUCCUCACUUCGAGGGAUUUGACGCAUUUCGCCUUUCAAGUUGCGAGGGGUAUGGACUUUUUAAGUUCUAAAGGGAUAAUACACAGAGAUUUAGCAGCUCGGAACGUACUCAUCACAGAGGAGAGAACGUGCAAGGUUGCAGACUUCGGCUUUGCGAGAGACGUCGCGGGCAGUCAUGUUUAUGAACGUAAAAGCGACGGACGCCUACCGAUAAGAUGGAUGGCUCCAGAAUCGUUAUACGAUGAUAUAUUUAGCGUGAAAUCUGAUAUAUGGAGUUUUGGAGUACUUCUAUGGGAAAUUGUCACACUAGGCUCCACUCCUUACCCGGGCCUAUCGGCGGGUGAUGUCAUGAGAAAGGUAAGAGACGGUCAUCGUUUGGAAAAACCAGAACACUGUAGACGAGAACUGUACAAUAUAAUGUACUAUUGCUGGGAAGCUGAACCGACUUCUAGACCAGACUUCAAGGAGGUUGUCGGGAUGCUCGAGAGAUUAUUGUGUACUGAGAUGGAUUAUAUAGAACUAGAGCGAUUCCCAGACCAUUCGUAUUACAAUGUACAACAUUUGGAUGGCGAGAAAUUGUAAUUAUAUGAUUUGAAAUAUAGCACGAGGAGUUGAAGUAGCUAAAAUUAUUAUGAAUUUUUACGCACUUUGUUUAUAAUGGACAAAAAAUGUGAUGUGAUUGACGAAUAAUAUGUUGAUAAGUGUUAUGUAUAAGUGUUUACUCGUACUCCUUUUGAUCCAAAUAAGUUAUUUGUUACGUUAAAUAAUCUCAAUAAUUGCAAUGUAUAAAGUUUAAAAAAAAAUACUCCUAAUUUCGUAAUAAAAUAAAGUUUUGUGUGUAUAAUUUUUAAAUAAAUUAAAACAUUUAACUGAAAUAAACACGUAGGCGAUUCAGUUA